AUGCGGCAUCAGAAGCGAUUGUGCGUGGAGGUCGUGGGAGCUCGCAACCUCGAGAGCCCCCAGUCCGUUGAUGCCUAUUGUGUCGUGGGACUAUGCGACAUAAAGUCGAAUGCUCGCGGACGCUCGUAUCUCGCCGGGUCGCCCAAAUUUCGAUCUUCGACUGUGACGUCCUGUAAAUGCCCAACGUGGGGACAUGCAAUAGAGCUUGUCGUGCCUGUUAAUCCUGGGAGAUUGAGGCUGAGAGUGCAACUCUAUAGCGCUAAGAAUUUUUUUUUUGACAUGUUCCCAUUCGGUAGCAACACUUUGUUUCAUGAAGGAGAAGAGAACGCUUCGUGUUCAAUCGGAACGGAGCAUAAGCAGACAGCUUUUACUUCACACACCAUCGUGAAUGGAGUCAUAGGAGUUCAUGAUAGUGACAGUGACGAUGUGGUCACUCUUUCGGAGGAGGAAGACGAAGUUGAUCAAAUUAUCGGAGACGACGAUGUUUUUAUGUCUUUGGUUGGUGAAGAAACUGUGAUGAAUGCGGCGAAGCAUACCGAUGAUGAGAUGCUAGGCAUUCUAGAAAUUAAUCUGACUUCACUUUGCAAGCCGACGAAAGUCGUAACCGACUCCUGGUACAGUCUAGGUGGUACGAGAACGGGAGAGGUGCGGAUCCGCACUAUUUGGGUGGAAAAAACGGAGAAGCCGCUAACUGCACAAGAUCGAGCGAUGCUGUUUGAAGCGCAUGCAAGCCGUUUAAUGUCGAAGUCUAUGAGUGACUUUUACGGAUUCACGAUACCGUUGGCAGCUAGGAAGGAUUGGGUACAUUUACGCUCUUAUCAAGAUUGUCGAGAGGAGAGACGCGUCGAAGUAUGGACAAAAUUGUUUAGUACACAAUUACCCGAGCGUUUACGCCGGUGCUCAUACAAGGCGAAAGAUAGUGAGGAGAAAGCUCUGCUGAUGCAGCUCACUAGGGCUGGUAUUCCACGUCAUAUGCGAGAAUCCGCGUACUUAAAUCUUUCUGGCGCGAGCGAGAAGCAGGCGAUUGCAGGGCAUAAUUAUUAUGCUGAUCUUGUAGAAAAAGCUGAGAAAAUGGACUUGGAGACGUUUUGCCAAAUUGAACUGGAUAUUAAUCGUACUUUUGGAAAUUCUGGCACGACAAUAAGCUCCGAGUCGGGUCGCAGUCGUCUACGACGGAUUCUUCAGGCCUAUUCUCUGCGCAAUCCACGUGUGGGGUAUUGCCAAGGUUUGAACUUUAUUGUAGCUUUUUUGCUAUUGAUGGCGGAUGAAGAAAAUGUGUUUUGGCUUUUAAGUGUCUUUUGCGAAGAUUUGUAUCCGGAUUUCUACUGCCAAACGAUGUGCGGUGUCCAGAGGGACAUGUUGGUGAUGAAGAAAUUAGUUGCUGAGGAGCUUCCGCUACUAGACAACUUUGCUUUAGAUAUGGGACUUCCGCUUGAGCUCCUGGGCUCACAAUGGCUUUUGUGUCUAUUUACAACAACUUUUCCGAGUGAAACUGUGUUCCGCAUCUUUGACUGUAUUUUUACGGAGGGUUCGUAUUUCGCAUUUCCUGUCAUCAUGGCACACCUGCGUCACUUAGAGCCAACUUUGCUGGGUCUACAUGAGUUCCAAGACGUGUUGUCCUCAAUCAAAAAUGCUGAAUGUACAUGCAUCGAUGGGGAUCUUUUCAUGGAAUUAGUAUGUAAAGAAAUGAAAGGCGUCACGAUGGCUCGGGUGCAGAGGCUUCGGGAACAACAGUGUGGAUCUGUACGGAGCGUAACGGAGCGAAAUGAACGUACCCGUGAUUUCAAUAAUCAACUUGCUGCUAUCUGUGAAGUUCCCGCGUUUUCUAAAUAUGCCGCAGGGCUUCUUCGUGCUAUCCAUGAGGAGGCGGAAGAAUCGUCUCGCUCGGAUGUAGCCUUCGUGUUGACGAUACUUUGCCAUGGGCUUGUAUGGCUUGCAGAACGAUCGAAGCAGUGGAGCCGUUGA